AACUAACUUACAUUACGUCAUUUGUGUUUUUGGUUACAGAUAUGCGGACUGUAAAUACAGUGCAGUAAAACUUUCUCCGUGUCUGUAUCAAUAAAGAAAGACAUCAUGAACGAAAUAGUGCCGUAAUAUAUUGUAAAUUUCACUGACUGGACGAUAUUUUAUUCUAGCCGUGUAUAUAAAACUAAAUUGAUACAAAAUGUGGAAAACAAUGAAGAAAAUAAUUGCUGGGGCGGAGAGUGAAGCUGAAAUAAUAGGGGAUAAAUCUGCCAGUCCAAAAAUUGAGGAAAUUCCUGAGGAAGAGACAACUAAAGAAAGCACGCCGAUGCCGAAAAAGAAUUUACGUAAUUCACCAAGAAGCCGUACACCCAUGGGAACCCUCAUUGUACCAGAAGGCGGAAAACCUCUAACAACUCUUGGUAUAUCAUACCCAGGACCAUCCGACUACCUCCCUAAAGUUAAUAUAACCAAGCAAGCUGCACCGCAGUAUUCGCUCGUCGGCAAACCAAAACGCCCAGACGUGACUCGUGACAUUCCUGGACCAUUUAAUUACAACUGUUCGGGCGAUAUUAUUUGGAAGAAAAAGAAAGUGACACUGAAAGGCCGAGAGAAAAGUCAUUUUGAAAUGGAAGCCGAGAAGACUGCUAGUGUAUUGGGCAACUACAAAGUUGACUACCGGGCAACAGGAAAGGACGGUCCAAAGUUUAAGAUGGGAAUUAGACUUGACAGCAAGAUAGUCCAAGGUCCUGCUAACAGCUUAGUGCAACCAGUUGAUACAAAAGGUGUCGACACUCCUGGUCCGAACUACAGGCCAAACUCCAGCUACAUUGGUCAUGGCCCAAAAAAGUCGUUUGGUGUAAGAUUUAAAACCAAAAAUCCUAAAGGACCCGGUCCAGGUGAUUAUGACGUACCCACAACACACCGUGGCCCCUCCCAUUCGUUUGGGAUAAAACUUCCGGAACCCUUGAAUUGUACAGCAAAGUGUGUGCUGACUUUUUUUACAAAUGUUAACAAAUUGUUAUUCAUAGAUUACAUUUCAGUACUGUACAAUUACACUUUAAAUAUGGACAAUUUAUAGAAUUACUAAAUAGAUAAAAAUCAGGAGAAGUUUUCUUUUCUCAAUCACAAAAUACAAUUAUGAGUGCUUGAUUAGCGGUGACUGACCGUUACUGGAUACAUAUGCCACAGAAAAUUGUGAUUCAUUCAGUUAUAGCCUUUAUUAAUUUUAAGACCGGGCUA